AUGGUCUUCGCCGCCCGCCAACUACAAGAGAAGUGUCAGGAGACGCAGAUAGACGCCUACUCUAACUUCGUGGAUCUGACGAAAGUCUUUGACACGGUGAAUUGCGAAGGACUGUGGAAAAUCAUGCAGAAAUUCAGCUAUCUCAAGCGAUCCACCCAGAUGGUGGGUCGGCUCCAUGAUGGCAUGGUGGCGCGAGUCACAGACGAUGGAGCUGUCCCAAAGGCAUUCGAACUGAACAACGGAGUAAAGCAGGACUGUGUCCUCGCGCCUACUCUCUUCACUCUCAUGUACUCUGCCCUGCUUAUGGACGCCCACUUUGACGAACGCCCCGGGAUCCCCAUCUCAACCCCAGGCGCAUGCAUUUCCAGUCACGUGUAUCCACAACCACCGUCCAUGAACUUCUCUUCGCCGACAAAUACGUCCUCAACAUCACCUCGGAAGGGGACAUGCAAGGGAACAUAGACCUCUUCGCCUUCGUCUGCGACAACUUCGGCCUGGUCAUCAACACGGAGGAGACGGAAGUUAUGAAUCAACCACCACCCUACGCUGCCUAUUUCGCACUCCAAAUCAACGUGGACGGUGACCAACUGCAAGUCGUGGGCAACUGCACCUACCUGGACAGCAUCCCCUCCCGCAUCACCAAGAUCGACGAUGAAGUGGCCCGCCGGAUUUCAAAAGCCAGCCAGGCCUUUGACUAUCAGGGCCUCAGCCUCAACACCAUACUGAUGAUGUACAACGACGUCAUCAUGCCGGCGUUCAUGUAUGAAGCGGACACCUGGACGGUAUGCAAGAAGCGGGCGCGAAGACUCGGCCAUUUCCAUGUCAGCUUUCUCCAACGGACACUGACGUUGAAAUGGCAAGACCAGAUCCCGGACACCGAUGUGAUGGAGCGGAUGGGAAUCCUCAGAAUCUAGGCCAUGGUGAGACGGCUGCAAUUGCAUUAGGGCGGCCACCUCGGGUGGACGAUGAGCGGCUACUGAAACGACUCUACGGAGACGUCGCCACUGGUCCCCGCCGACAAGGAGGCCAAGUCCCUCGAUACAAGGACACUCUGAAGACUUCCCUGAAUCGUCUGCAGACCAACCCGAUCAAGUGGGAAGACCUCGCCCGCGACCGACUGACUAGGAGGAGGACAAUGAAAAGGGACGCAACGAUUUAUGAGGCCAACUGCAUCACCGCCGCCAAAGGCGGAGGCGAGACACGCAAAUCCCGACUGCGCCAACCUCGCAACGCCAUCGCUCAACCACCCCCGACCUGCCAACGCUGUUAG